AUGGCUGAAGUGGAAGCCCUCCCAGGUCUUAAGCAACCGGUGGAUGAUGCCGGUCUGUUAGAAGAUGCUAACCAAGUGCAUACGCUGGUAAUUCCUAGUGGACAUAUAUGGCGUGUUGAACUUUCAUCUGAUGAAAAAUUAUCGCUAAAGGUUACGGCUGGUAUUGGUGAGAUAUUCGGGACAGAACUAGCCAACAAUGUUGAGUAUACUUUUUGGGAUUGGAAAUUUGGAAUAUAUGCUGUAGAGGAACUUGAAAUUGAGUGGAAAUGCCCACAAUUACAUGAUAGGGAACUUUCGAUUGUGGAGAAUACGACUGCGCAUAACGUUUACAAUCUACAUUUUGCACUCGAAAAAAUGAGGAGCUCUACAUUUGAUGGACCAAGGAUUAUGGUUGUUGGUGAGAAGAACACUGGUAAAACUGCACUAUGUAGAACAUUAUGUUCUUAUGCUAUCAAGAACAAGCCAUAUCAGCCUAUGUUCGUCAAUUUGAAUCCAGUUGAGCCUAUCUUUAGUCCUCCAGGUUGUGUUACUGCUGUGCCGAUUUCAAGCACAUUGGAUGCCCAAUUACCACGAUGGGGUGAAACUAUGACUAGUGGUGCCACUAGGUUGCAUGGUAAACAACCUAUAAUAAAGAAUUUUGGUUUUGAAACAAUUGCUGAAAACCGGAGUCUCUAUAAAUUGGUUACUAAAAAAUUAUUCGAAACAGUGAGUGAAAGAUUACAAAAUGAUUCUCUUGUACAUAGAUCUGGUUGUAUCGUUGAUUCACCGCCAUUGGAAAACUGUGAUGAUGAAUAUUCAGAGUUAGUGGAAGCAAUUGUUGGUCUUCGAAUCAAUUACUUGAUUAUAUUGUGUAAUGACAAUGAUAAGGGAAGGGAAAUAUACACGAAAGUUUCGAAAAUAGUCAAUACUUAUGUCGGUGAAAGACUCCUAAGAGUACCGACUAUGGCAGGUGUAUUCGAAAAGGAUGAUGUCUAUAUUAGAGCUCAGCAACGUGCAGCAAUACGAGAAUAUUUCUAUGGUGAUACUAGAACAGUUUUAAGUCCUUAUAAUUUAGGAUGUGACACCUCAGAUAUUACAGUAUGGAGGCCAAAGUCUGUUCUUCAGGGUGAGAAUACAAACUUAGAUACUCUAGAAGUAGCUCCAGUAGAUAGCAGUACUUUACAAUAUGCAUUGGUUGCUAUCACAUAUGCUUCUAGAAAAUCAGAUUCUGAAGAGGUUCUACAAGCACCUAUAUUAGGAUUUGGUCUAAUCACAGAGCUCAAUGAAAAACGUAACAAACUCAAAAUUCUACUCCCUGUACCUGGAAGACUUCCACCCAAUGCAAUGAUUUUAACCUCGUUUAGAUAUCUAGAAUAA